AUGCUUCCUCUCGCAGCUCUACGAGACCCACAGCUCAGCGGCGACAACCCCCCACAAACCCACCCAGCGCAACCGGGUCCGGCCUUAUUAGGCGGUACGAGAAGAAGUCGCCGUGCUGCGCCCGCCCCAACGCUGCGCCCGCCCCGCCGGAGAGCGCCGCCUCCUCCGUCCGCGCCGCGCACGCCGGGACCGGCCUUGCCCAGCCCUGCUUUGCUCCGCUUUGCUCCGCUUUUGACCAGGCUUCGGCCUUGCCGGCGGGAUGCAGGUGAGCAGCAGAGGGGACCUUGUGUGUGGUCUGUCUUGCGGGGGAAGCCCGCCCGGGACAAGAGCUGGGGCUGGGCACCGUGUCGGGUCACAGCCGCCAGGGCGACCUGGCGGCCUUGGGCCCCUCAGGCAUCCGACCCAAAUAAAGACACAGAGUGGAAUGACAUCCUGCGCAAGAAAGGUAUCCUUCCUCCAAAGGAAAACUUGGAGGAACAGGAGCGUGCAAAGGAAGAGGAGCAACUUGCCAUCCUUCAGAAGUCUCUUGUGAAAACUUAUGAGGACAUGACUCUGGAAGAGCUAGAAGAGAAUGAAGAUGAAUUUAAUGAGGAAGAUGAGAAAGCUAUUGAAAUGUACAGGCAGCAACGGCUAAAAGAAAUGAAAGCAGCUCAAAUGAAGAAUAAAUUUGGGGAAGUUCUGGAGAUUUCAGGAAAAGAUUAUGUUCAAGAGGUUACAAAAGCUGGAAAAGGUAUAUGGGUAGUCCUGCACCUCUACAAACAAGGGAUUCCACUCUGUGCCUUAAUAAAUCAACAUAUGAGCAGCCUUGCAAGAAAGUUCAGAGAUGUGAAAUUCAUCAAAGCAAUCUCUACCACCUGCAUUCCCAACUAUCCUGAUAAGAACCUGCCCACGAUAUUCGUGUACCUGGAGGGAGACAUCAAAGCUCAGUUCAUUGGGCCUUUGGUGUUUGGUGGCAUGAACCUGACAAGGGACGAAUUGGAGUGGAAGAUUUCAGAGUCGGGUGCCAUCAAGACAGACCUGGAGGAGAAUCCCAGGAAGCAGAUCCAGGAUCAGCUCAUGUCUUCAAUCAGGGCGUGUGUCUCAGCCAGGGAGGAGAGUGACUCAGAGGAUGACUAAGUCCUGCAAAGGCAUUGAGAUUGAUACAGUACUCUUGUAGCCAGUGUUCCCACCUAUAGCACUGGAGAUGCUUGUCAAGAUCUCACUGAGCCCCAAGACAGCUAUUACCUAGAAACUUUCAGAAACUAAAAAAGUUGGUGGUGGUUUUGGUUUUUCGUUUUUGGUGUAUUUUUAAAAUCAACUUAUUGUG